GAAAGGACCGACUGAGUUACUGCACACCGGGAACGCCAUGCAGGGGGCUCUGAUGCCCCUGCCCACACUGCUGCUGCUGCUGCUGCUGCUGCUGGGGUGUGGGCCACGGGUGUCCUCUGGCGGUGGGGCUGUGGGGGCAGCAGGCUAUGCCCCAGUGAAGUACGUGCAGCCUAUGCAGAAAGGACCUGUGGGACCACCCUUCCGCGAGGGCAAGGGCCAGUACCUGGAAAUGCCUCUACCUCUGCUGCCAGUGGACCUCAAAGGAGAGCCAGGUCCCCCUGGGAAGCCUGGGCCUCGGGGCCCCCCCGGCCCUCCUGGCUUCCCAGGAAAACCAGGAACUGGAAAGCCAGGGCUCCAUGGACAGCCUGGCCCUGCUGGCCCCCCUGGCUUCUCUCGCACUGGCAAGGCUGGUCCCCCUGGGCUGCCUGGCAAGGUUGGACCACCAGGGCAGCCUGGGCUUCGGGGAGAGCCAGGGAUACGAGGAGACCAGGGCCUCCGGGGACCCCCAGGGCCCCCUGGCCUUCCUGGCUCCUCGGGCAUUACCGUUCCUGGAAAACCAGGUCCCCAGGGGGUACCGGGACCCCCAGGAUUCCGGGGGGAACCAGGUCCCCAAGGGGAACCUGGACCCCCAGGAGAUCGAGGUGUCAAGGGGGAUGAUGGAGUCGGCCAGCCAGGGCUGCCUGGGGCUCCUGGGCAGGUUGGGGCUCCUGGACCCCCUGGCCUCCCGGGCCCAGCUGGUUUGGGCCAGCCAGGAUCAGAUGGGCUGCCUGGGGCCCCUGGAGACAAAGGGGAGUCUGGGCCUCCUGGAAUUCCAGGCCUGAGGGGGGAGCCAGGAGCUGUGGGUCCAAAAGGUCCCCCUGGGGUAAAUGGUGUGGGUGUGCCAGGAGCAGCGGGGGUGCCUGGGUCCCAAGGCCCUGCAGGGGCCAGAGGGGAGCCGGGGGUCCGGGGUCCCCCAGGACUGAUAGGUCCCACUGGUUAUGGGAUGCCAGGACUGCCAGGGCCCAAGGGGGACAGGGGCCCUGCUGGGAUCCCAGGGCUGUUGGGGGACAGGGGUGAGCCAGGGGAGGAUGGGGAACCAGGAGGGCAGGGUCCACAGGGUCUUGGGGGCCCCCCGGGACCUCCUGGGUCUGCAGGGCUUCCUGGCAGACGUGGACCUCCUGGGCCAAAGGGGGAGGCAGGUCCCGAAGGACACCCAGGAGUACCUGGCAUUCGGGGUGACCAGGGACCCAGUGGCCUGGCUGGAAAACCUGGGCUUCCAGGUGAGAGGGGACUUCCUGGCUCCCAUGGACCCCCUGGACCAGCUGGGCCCAAGGGUGAGCCAGGUUUCACAGGUCGCCCUGGGGGGCCAGGGGCAGCAGGAGCCCUUGGGCAGAAGGGUGACUUGGGGCUCCCUGGGCAGCCUGGCCUGAGGGGCCCCUCAGGAAUCCCAGGACUCCAGGGUCCAGCUGGCCCUAUAGGGCCCCAGGGUCUUCCAGGCCUAAAGGGUGAACCAGGCCUGCCAGGGCCCCCUGGGGAGGGGAAAAUGGGGGAGCCUGGUUCUGCUGGGCCCACAGGGCCCCCCGGUGUCCCUGGCUCCCCAGGACUCACAGGCCCUCCUGGGCCUCCUGGGCCUCCUGGCCCCCCUGGUGCCCCAGGGGCCUUUGAUGAGACUGGCAUUGCAGGCCUGCAUCUGCCCAACGGUGGUGUGGAGGGUGCUGUGCUGGGCAAGGGGGGCAAGCCACAGUUCGGGCUGGGUGACCUCUCAGCCCAUGGCACGCCAGCCUUCACCGCAGUGCUCACUUCGCCCUUCCCUGCCUCGGGGAUGCCUGUGAGGUUUGACCGGACUCUCUACAAUGGCCACAGCGGCUACAACCCAGCCACCGGCAUCUUCACCUGCCCCGUGGGUGGUGUCUACUACUUCGCUUACCACGUGCACGUCAAGGGCACCAAUGUGUGGGUGGCCCUGUACAAGAACAACGUGCCAGCUACCUACACUUACGAUGAGUACAAGAAGGGCUACCUGGACCAAGCAUCUGGGGGCGCUGUGCUCCAGCUGCGGCCCAAUGACCAGGUCUGGGUGCAGAUGCCUUCAGACCAGGCCAACGGACUCUACUCCACCGAGUACAUCCACUCCUCCUUUUCAGGAUUCUUGCUCUGCCCAACAUAACCUGUGGGCAGCCCCUACUGCCCUGGCCUCCUCUUUAGUGGUAGAGCAACCUUUUCAGUUACAAAGACCUCCAUUUAAAGAAAAAGACCAAAAGCUGAACAGUUGGCGGUGGCCUUGGCCCCUACGUGUGGCUGAGAUUUUCUGGAAGGGGCUGACCUGAGUUCCUCUCAUCGAGAUGUCUGAGCAGUUUCGGGGCUGCACCCAUCUCUGUCCUGCAGGACCCUGGGAUGCUUGCCCAGCCCCCACGAGUCCUGGAUGCUGCUGGUCCCUGACAGACAGGAGGGGUGGGGCUCCCUCAUCAGUUUGCCUGCUGGACCUUGGAGGGCACCUGCUCCAGGAGUGAGGCUCUUCCACUUCCUUGGGGACACCCUGCAUUUGACAGUAGGUCUUCUUCAGGGGAAAGGGGAAAAAGCGUGACCCUUGAGGUGGUCAGUGGGAAUCCAAACCCAGGGUGCUGCUGCUGCUGCAUGGGCCUGUCCACAGCAGGACAGUUGCAUGGCCUCUCUGCAGGCUUCUGGGAAGGGGCAACACCUUUUCUCCAUUUCAGCAGCAGUCACGGGGAAAGGUGACUUGCGAAGGGUAGGAGCGUGGGUCUGGGGCAGGACAACAGCCCAUCUCCCAGCUUUAUUUUUUUAUUUGGUACCAGGGAUGGAACUAGGGACUUUGCGCUUGUGAGGCAGGUGACGGAACCGCUGAGGUAAAUCCCUGGCCGUCCAGCUUUGUUUAGCAUGAGAAGAAUGCACGGGCCCCUUGGGGACCGCCAUGUGCCUGAUGCGUUUGGAAGUGUGCAUGCAGGGUGGCACCAGGCAGGACUGAGGGCAGGCAGCAGGCAUGAGCACGCCUUCGCCUCCCCUUCACCUGCUGGGCGUGGACUAGUUUCCUCAUGUGGGAUUUGUAAGAGGAUCCUUGCCAUCCCCAACCCAAGUGCUCCAAGGCAGAACAUCUCUCACUCAGUCCCCUGAACAAUGGCCGCCCAGGCCUGGGGAUGAAGCUCCCACUUGCUUUUCCUUAAUAAGAACCGCAUGGUGGGUAUGUGUUUCUACUAGAGGGGUUAAUUGGUGGGGGCUUCCUCUGCUUCCAAUUUCCUGAUCUAAGCAGGAUUAGGGCCCGGGAGGCAGACGCUCUGAGGGGAAGGGUGUUGCAGUCCUGCAAUGGCUGCCUCUGGAUGUGCCUGCCAUUCUUCCAGGGAAUGUCAGGUCGCCUCUGCAGGAACAGCCCCACCUGGCCCUUCAGCCCUCAGCGUAAGCUGUGAUGGUGGACAGUGGCCUGUGGGAGAAUGGUCACCGACCCGCCCCACCAUUUGAGGCUUCACUUACCCCUCACCAAGCCAACCACCUCCCUGCACCAAGUGUGAGCACUGCUUGGACUCUGGCCAAAGCCAGACUGUGUUAAAAGGGGAAGACUGGCGACUUCUGAUUUGAUAAGCUGUGCUUUCCCCAGCUCCUUGACAGCCCUCUGCCCUGCCCACUUCUUCAAAGCAGGCUACUUUAGCUUUUAAAGGGAGGAAUGCAAAGCUGAGUCUGCCCAAGUGACAGAAGGUUCUGACUAGUUCAUGGUGUAUUUCUUGCUCCCUGGUACCCAAGGGAGCCAACUAAGGAGUCUCAGCAGGCUUGGUGGGUUCCUUUCUUUGCUCAGCUGCCACCACCUCUGGGUGAAAGCCACUAUAAUCUGACUCCAUAAGGAUUGGUGCUGAUUGGCAGAAAUGAAUCGGCUCCCAGGGGGAGCGCAGGGAACCAAAUGGACCCAAAGGGAACCCAAAAGCAGUGUCAGAGCUGAGCUGCUGCCAGAUUUCACUCCUGAAGCCUCUAGAGAAGGGUGGUUGAUGCUUCUGAAGUGUUUAUGAGAUCUGAGGUACAGUACCUGACUUCGUUUGAUAAGUGUCAGGUUUUAACUGAAGAAUACAUUACCUUGUGCAUUUUUGUAUUUUAUUUUUUUAAACCAUUAAGGUUUAAAUGUUUCCCAUGAGUAAUUCCAUUUCUAUAGAGACCUAUAGAAAGUUUAGGUCUCUACUUACAUGUGCCCUGUGUCACGGGAUCAGGAAAAAUGCACUGGGGAGACCAAAAAAAAAAAAAGUGGGGGGGAACCUCCAUUUUGAAAA